AUGAGAACAAGAGCAAGAAGACGAGGGAGAAGAAGAGGAAGCUUCUUCUUAGAUAUGAUCUUUUUGUUUCGUCCUUGUUUCUCCAACAUUCUCCUCCUCUCUAUUCUUCUCUUGUCUUCUUAUCCUUCCUCCGUCUUGUCGUCUGAAACCAAGAAUCUCUCACCUAGAAACCAAACCCUCCGGCCACUCGAGGAGCUUAAUAAGCUCAAAGCCAUUAAUCAACAUUUCAGGAAGAUCAAUAAACCUUCCGUCAAGACUAUUCAUAGCCCUGAUGGUGACAUCAUAGACUGUGUUGUAUCACACCACCAACCAGCAUUUGAUCAUCCCAGAUUAAGAGGACAGAGGCCACUGGAUCCCCCUGAGAGGCCAAGAGGGCAUAAGAAGAGGAGAGGAUUGAGACCAAAGAGCUUCCAGUUAUGGAGUAUGGAGGGAGAGACAUGUCCUGAAGGAACAGUCCCUAUCAGAAGAACAAAAGAAGAAGACAUUCUCAGAGCAAACUCUGUUUCUAGCUUUGGCAAGAAAUUGAGACAUUUCAAGAGAGAUACCAGCAGCAAUGGCCAUGAACACGCGGUGGGAUACGUGAGCGGAGAGAAAUACUAUGGAGCAAAAGCAAGCAUCAAUGUGUGGGCCCCAAAGGUGCAGAGCCAAUACGAGUUUAGUUUAUCUCAGAUUUGGAUCAUCUCUGGUUCCUUUGGUAAUGACCUCAACACCAUUGAAGCUGGUUGGCAGGUGAGUCCGGAGCUAUAUGGAGACAAUUACCCAAGAUUCUUUACUUACUGGACCAACGAUGCAUAUCAAGCAACAGGAUGCUACAAUCUCUUGUGUUCCGGUUUUGUGCAAACCAACAAUCAGAUUGCGAUUGGUGCUGCAAUCUCUCCCUCGUCUUCAUACAAGGGUGGUCAGUUUGAUGUUACUCUGCUUAUUUGGAAGGAUCCGAAACAUGGAAAUUGGUGGCUCGAAUUCGGGUCGGGCGUUCUAGUCGGGUAUUGGCCAUCGUUCUUGUUCACGCACCUGAGGGAGCACGCGAGCAUGGUCCAAUAUGGUGGUGAAGUCGUAAAUUCGAGUCCAUUUGGAGCCCACACUUCGACACAAAUGGGGAGUGGACAUUUUGCAGAACAAGGGUUCACAAAAUCUUCUUAUUUCAGAAACAUCCAAGUAGUUGACUGGGAUAACAAUUUGGUCCCUUCUCCAAACCUCAAAGUACUUGCGGAUCAUCCAAACUGUUACGAUAUUCAAGGCGGCUCUAAUCGUGCUUGGGGGAAUUAUUUUUACUACGGAGGACCAGGAAAAAAUCCUAAAUGCCCCUGA